CAGCGUUUUCAACGUCAAGCUUCCUGGAGCACCGGCGGCUGAGUCAGUUUCGCUGAGCGAACGCUAAGAAUGAUCUUGGUUUUGAUUUAUCGUUAAUAAUUUAUUUAAUCAGACAUGAAUGUAAUUAUGACGAUUAGUGAAUCAGUUCACGAGAGGAAUAAUUUAUCGCGGGAGAUCAUGAGCUUUUCCCAUAAAUAACGUAGACUAGCCCAAGUUUCUGUCCUGUAAUCUGCUUGCUAGCUCUGUGAUUUGAACCAGUCCUUAUUAUUGCGAUUAAUAGUCAUUCAUCAUUAUUAAAGUUUCUGCGGCAGACGACGUGCGUGACGGUGUUCAAACUCCAGGAGCGCUGCAGAUAUGGGAUAACAUCAGUAAUCAGAUUAAACGGGUUUAGACUUCACAUUUGUACACGAACUGUUUGCAUGUUGACAUGGAUCAGAGGAGUCAAGACAGUGGAAAUAUGGAGGAGGUGAAGAUAUGUGAUCCAUCCAUCCUUCCACAAUAUCUGGAUCAGACAGAUGUUGCGUACUCAGAUAGUGAUGUCCCAUCAGAAAACCAUUGUGUGAAUGAAGAUCACUGGAUGCCUUCAGACCCAGAGGGGCUCUUGGAGUCAGCAGACCCUACAUCAAUAGAGAGCAGCCAGCCACAAGAGCCUUCAACAGAUAUGCACAAGCUCCACAUCGAUGAAGACCGGUCUCUGUGUGCCGGUGGUUCAGAGAGCGAUUCUGGGAAAGCAUCUGAGGACUCUGCAUUAGCGGACAAUGGCCAUGAUGACUUGGGUGAGUUUGUCGUAACCAUGUUAGCCCGGGGUAAGAUCGAAGAGCAGGGAUUGGAUAUUAAAGAAGUCUCGUCCCCUUUAUCUGAGAACGGCACACCUCUGGGACCUCCCUCGCACAGGAACGAGGAUGUGACGGCGGAUAGUUGGAGACAGCACAGGAAGCAUGUGUUUGUGCUGAGCGAGGCUGGGAAGCCCAUCUACUCCCGAUAUGGAAGUGAGGAGGCGCUGUCCUCCACCAUGGGAGUGAUGAUGGCCCUGGUGUCCUUCGUACAAAGUGGAGACAACAUCAUUCGUUCAGUCUACUCCGAUGAGCACACGGUUGUGUUCAUGCAGCAGGGUCCUCUGGUGCUGGUGUCCGUCUCCAGCAGCCGUCAAUCAGAGCAGCAGCUCUGUAACGAACUGCUCUACGUCUACAACCAGAUCAUCAGCAUGCUCACACAGGCCAGCAUCACCCGCAUCUUCGAGCACAAGAAGAACUAUGACCUGCGUCGUCUGCUGGCCGGCUCGGAGAAGAUUCUCGACGGCCUCCUUAACCUCGUGGAUUCAGACCCCAGCUUCCUACUCUCCGCCGUGCACUGUCUUCCCUUGGCCUCGUCUCUCAGGGACUCCCUCAGUCAGAUUCUCCAGAAGGCCAUCACACCCAACCUGGUCUUCUCCAUCCUCAUAGCCAAGAACCAGCUGCUCGCCAUAGUGCAAGAGAAGAUGGUCAUCGACGAUGCCCGACUGGAGCCUGCUGACCUCCACCUGCUACUGAACCUCAUCGGGGCCUCGUCCGCCUUCCAGGCUGGGGAGAUCUGGACGCCCAUCUGCCUGCCCAGUUUUAACCCUGACUGUUACUUUUAUGCGUACAUCUCAUAUCUGGACCCUCCUGAAUGCACGGUUUGUCUGGUUCUUCUCUCUACCGAUAAAGAGGCAUUUUAUUCGGUGGCCGAGUGUAAGAGGAAGAUCGAGGAGGCUAUGCAAACACAGAAUGCGCUCAACUCCAUAGCGAAAGCUCAUUCGUACAGCGUUAGUCAGGUGGGAGUAUCUGACCUCAGGCAUUUCAUGUACAAGCCUUUUGAUGUGCCCGACAACCAUCGCCAGCUAACACAGUUCACCAGCCCAGAGAUGGAAGCCCCUUACGGCAGUGAGGAGGAGCGGAUGAGACUCCUGGACCUGUACAGGGACAUGCACAGCCGAAUCCACAGCACCUCACGCCCCCUCAAGCUCAUCUACCACGUGGCCGAACGUGAGACUCUGCUGGCCUGGGUCACGAGUAAAUUUGAGUUGUAUACAUGCUUCAGCCCCCUUGUCACAAAAACCUGUGCCAUCAAUGCCAUCACUAAACUGCUGCGCUGGAUCAAGAAGGAGGAAGACCGUCUGUUUAUCCGAUACCCUCCGAAAUACUCCACCACCCCCAACCCCAGUAAGAGCUCUAAAGCAGAUGCACACUGACCAGACCAACCCGCUGCGAUCUGACCGCUAAAAUGGCAGGACGUGCAUCUCUGCAUUCGAACUUAACUCAGUUUAGUAAUGUAAUGGAGAUGAUUCUAAUCUGCCAUGGGUUAAUAAGUUACGUAAAGCUGCUGUUUUUGUUUUUUUACUAUUUGACAGACACAUCUUGGACUGGAUCUAAUUUUAUGUGGAAGAAAAACAAAUCACAUUUUGUGGACGUUAUAAACUCUUUUAUUCCAGAACAGAACACUUUGAGCUUUACGUAGCAAAAGGCCCAAUCAAAUGUGGAUUUUCUCCUUCUCAACUGAUGGCAGUGAACAAUUAUUGAGGCUAUAACUGGAUUGUUUUAUAGACAUUUAAUUGCAUAAAUUAGAAAGUUUAUGGUACAAAAUUAAAAGAUCAAAAUUGGUUAAUGAAGAAGAUGAGCUGUUCAUCAUGGUCUAAACAGCUUUCUGACAAAGUCUCUAAUUUAGCAUGGCUGCUGGAGCUGUGCAUUGUCACACUGCACUUUUGUUCAUUGUACUUGUGAUGUAUUCUUUUAAAGGUUUCCUUUGACUUUUUGUCUUAUAUGGUUUUCUACUUGAAACCAAACCCUGCUUAAUUUUAAAGAAAAUAACAUGAUCUGAAACAUCAGAAGAUCAUAAAAUUCAGUCCUUACUAUGGGAUUAAUGUUCUUUAAUUUCUGUCUUGGUUAGGUUACUGCACAAUACUGCUGUAUGUUUGUUUGUUUGCUGUUUGACAUGCCAGUCAUGAAUAGUGACAUUUAUUCCUCUGGCAUGUGCACUAUGACGUCAUAUCUAAUAAGAUCAAAACCACUGGGCAUAACAGUAAAAUCCUCAUUGUAUGAUAUUUAGAGAACUACAUACUUGGAAUUUUUUUUUCUUCUGGAAAACAAAUUUGUAUUCAAGAGGAGUAAUAUAUUGGUGCUGUAAUAAAUCUUGAGGUUGCUCAAAGUACAUGUAUUUUGAGAUCUUAUUUACUUACAUGAAGGCUAAAUUUAGUGCAAGUGCGGGAUCGAGAUGUAUUACUCAAGUUCAACUUGUAAACACAGAUGACAGGGAAACAUCAGCUCGACAGUGUUUUUAUUUCUCGUUUGAGAAAAUACUGUUGCAGACAUUUUUUUGUUCGGUACAAUUAGCUGUUUUCACAGGCUUUAAAAAACAUUUCUUUUUUACUCUGCAUACAUGAUCUAAGAGACUACGUAGUAUUUUAUUCUAUAAUGUUCGUUCACUGUAGACCACUAAGGAACAAUUGCAUUAAAGCUGUAAUGCUUUCUGAAUAAUAUAAAGCUCAACAGAGCUGUUAAAUUAAACCUUCUC